GUUAACUCGGAUGCGCACCGCCACGGUCGGUCUUCCAGCCAGACUGCGACUGCCAUCUCAUGUCUCGAUUGGACCCGUCUGCGAGCACUGGUCGACCACGCGCUCAUCCCAAGCUACAGAAUGGCGCGCCUAUGCCUCCGGUCAGACCUCUCCAGAUCAACCGCAAUGCACCACACCCAGCCGCGCCGGGGGCCAUCUCUCCAGUAUCCUCCUCCCCUGGAGCAAUCAAAGUGCCCAUGCGUCCUCAAAGGUCUGGGCUGAGGGAACGUCGAAAGUCAGAACAUUCAAUGUCUGAUCGAGCAUCUAUUGACUCGCGUGUCACUUUCGACCCUCGCACAUCUGGAGACAACCCAGAUGGAACUCGCCCUAUUCCCUCCCUUUCGUCCAUAACUCACAACGGUUCUGCUUCUGGGAGUCUCUCUACUUUGACACCGAUCUCAACCAAUGGUCGAAUGCAACUGGGCACGUCCCCUGUCUCGCCGCAAGGUCUGUCACCCAACGCUCUCGCCAUAGUGGCUGCGUUCCAGGCACUAGGGAAGAAAAGAGAUGACAUGGUUGAUACGGAGUAUGAGAGGGAAAGGCAGAAGGAGAUUGAAAUUCAGAAGGCUCGGCAACAGCGUUUGCGGGAUAGGGUUCCAGGGAGGAAGGCGACCGGUAAGGCGAAAGCUGGAGACAUCGAUGCUGUUCUGGAUGAGAUCAAGGAUGAGUGGGCGACCGUCGUUGAUCCUGAUUUUAACCCCGUGGAUCUCGCCUUGCAACUAUUGGAUGAUUCAUCUGAAGGAAAGAAUAUUGAAUCUUUCCGAAAUACUAAGGAUGCGCUGUCGCAAGCCCUUAAAGGGUCCGUUGACCAGCAUUAUCAAGCGUUUGCCGGUGCUCUACCUCACCAUGCUGCUCUCCUAAAUCAUAUCGGAGCUACCGAUGAGCAGGUGAAAGAAGCAAGGACGGCUCUACAGGAAGCUAAAGAUACACUGGGAAGCAAGCGUGCCGACUUGGUUCAGCUGUGGUAUCGCAGUCAGACGGUGGACGAGAUGAUGCGCAUUCUGGAUCAGAUUGAACGCCUUCGAUCCGUCCCAGAUGCUUUGGAGAGUCUCAUAUCUGAGAAGCGCCUCCUUCAGGCUGCGAUUCUGCUUGUUCGUAGUCUGAAAUUGAUCAACAAGCAAGACAUGCUGGAUGUUGGAGCUGUGUCUGACCUCCGAAGCUAUCUUGUUGCUCAGGAAGUUGCUCUCAAAGAGAUUUUGAUAGAUGAACUGCACAGUCAUCUAUAUCUGAAGUCCUUCUGGUGCGAAUCUCGCUGGGGUGUAUAUACCCCAGGUCAACAGGCAUUUCCUAACCUCGAAUCUGAAGAGGAGGCGCUUGCCUCUGACUCAAAGCCUUCGAUACCCUCCAUCAAGCCGGCAAUGUCAUCGAGCCCACGGCCUUCGCGAUUGACGCGCUUCUUGAACGACCUCUCCGUCCGGCCUAACGAUCCACCGUUCGAUAUUAAUGAACAGAGCUUCCACGAGAAUGGCUCCGCAGGACUAGCUGCCUCAACGAGUACUUCGGCUCUAGGCAUGUCAAGCGCACAAUCUCUAGCCUCGAUCUCUAGCCUUCUACCUGCAGGAUCUGGUGCUAGUUUGCUCCAGCAGACCCAACUCCAGAAUCCAGAAGCUGACUCGUUCUCGUAUAUUGAGACACUCCUCGAGUCUCUCGCCGUCCUUGGGAAGCUGGGCAGCGCACUAGAUGUUGUCGCUCAGAAGUUGCCCGGGGAAAUAUAUUCACUGGUGGAAGUAACUUUAGACGAAGUGGAGGAACGAGCAGAGUUCGGCCGCAAGGCAUCAGGAGUGGUCGGUCCGACCGUGGGAAUGGAAAGAUUGAAUGGAGCCUUGCCGCUAACUGUCUCUUCAAAUAGUAUGGGUGUUGGUUCCGGAAUUGUGGGCGUCACAAUCGUACUUGGAGCGGCCAAUGCCGGCAGUACUAGAGGACCUCCGCUGAAAGCUGUUUGCCUUCGAUUAGCUGCACUGGAGUCAUCUACGAAACAUUCUGACCAGGAGACGUUGCGAGACUUCUUUUGGACAUUGUAUUCAAAACUUGUCGCCGUCACGCAGGGUCUUCGAGUCGUGUACGAGGUCGCGAAUCGGAUAGGCUCAAGACGAGACUUCAAAGAUUCCUCAGGCACAAAACCUGGUUCUUUGUUCCCGUUAGCCGAAGUCUGGAUGCCAGUUCAAGCGGAGGUGCGGACGCUCAUCGGAGACUAUGUCACAGACGAAGAGCAAGGAACCGUAUCAGGCAGGAAUCCAAUGUCUUCCAUCAACGAGGUCCUUCGGGAAGGGAAAUUCAACCGGGACAAAACGAAGUCUGUCUUCCGCUUCGCGGACACGGAUCCCAAGUUUGCUGUGAAAGCGCUCAAGCAGCACGAGGACGAACUUACCCGUGUUCUCAAAGACACAGUUCCAGGGUUGGUGCAAGGGUCUUCCGAAAAUGCUGUGCAGGCGACUCUCUCUGCGGUUGGUACUGAUGAUCGGCUAGGCGGGGCGAGCCAGCAUCACAGACUAUUGGUCCAUCCCGACGCUUUCCACAUCAGCGUUCUCUUUCAACCUACGUUGGCGUGGCUGGAUCGUAUAGCGUCCGUUCUUCCCUCCGGAUUGGAGGCUGCUCGAGCAACAAGCACAGUCCUGGACGAGUUCGUGCUCAAUAUGUACUUGCCCCAGCUAGAAGACAAGGUAUCGCUAUUGUUCCAUCAUGCGGUAACAAGUCUCGAUGCAUUCGAACCUGAUCCCGCGUCAACAAGGCUAUCGCCAGAGCCUCUUGUCAAGGCGAGUGUGCAAGUGAUGGCAUUGAUUAACUCUCUCUGCACCAUGCUCCGCACGACGCCAUUCCAUCGCGAGAGCUACGCGCGCCUCGUCUUGACCGUGAUCGGCCAGUUCUACCAGCGAUGCAGUGACAGAUUCUAUGAUCUCGUCUCCAUCAAGGAUGACGAAGCAUCAGAGCCGAGCACGCGGGUCGCGCUAGCGGCACAAUGGGUCCAGAAGGCUGAACUUGGAACUUGUUUGUCCGAAUUGUUCAAGGCUAUGAACGAUGACAAUGCACGUGCUCAGAGGUCACAGCUUUGCCGCCAGGAGGCCCAUUUGGAGCAGAGCCUCCUAGGAGACCGCUCAGUUGAGAAGGCUGAUCUGGUUGUAUCAGCGCGCAAUCUGUCGGCGUUGGCGAGCUUGUAUCACAGUGUGACGUGGUUCGCAUCCGAGCUGAAUGCGCUAAAGUCUGCACCUGAGGUGGCUCUGUCACCUACGACACAGCUCAAGCUGGAGCCCGUGAGCGCGGUCACACCCUAUACCCCGUAUUUACCAGCGAUCGAGUCGACGCAAGCGAAUGAGCCACUCAGCCUUCCGCUCUCCGCCGCGAUGGCAAUGCGAUUCCAGGCGCUCCAUAUGACAUAUGCACAGCUCGCCGAGCUCAUAAUAUAUACUCUCCGCAUCGAUAUCCGAUGCCGGGCAGUGCACCACCUGGAUCUUGCGCUGCAGCAUGGUGUUUACCGUGUGGAACCAGAGGUCAUCGAGCCGGAUCCCAAUGUCAUCGAUCUGAAUAUCGAGCUCGGCAGAUGCGACGAUUGGGCAUCAUCUACCCUCCCGGAGGUUGAGCGACGCUUUAUCUUUGAGGGGCUUGGUCAUCUGUUGGAGCGUCUGCUAAUAUCGGAUGCGCGAUUUAUUCGUUCGAUGAAUGCAUCUGGCGUCAAGAAGAUGAUGCGAAACAUUCUAGCCUUGCAGCAAAACAUCAAGACGAUAUCUGAAGACGGUCAUGAUGCCCUGUUCGAGCGCGCUAAACGAUACUACUCGCUAUUCGCCAUGUCCCCUCAGGAUAUGCUUGAUAGCAUUCGCCAGAAGCAGGAGUUCAGCUUCGACGAAUACAAGACUAUGCUCGACCUGCAAUGCGGCGUUGACCCGAGCCAAAGCGGAGCCGGGGGCGCACAGGCGGCCGACCGCAACUACAGCAUGUAUGUUAUUGAUCUCCAUGGGCUGGAGUUGGAAAAUUCCGCAGAGGAUGGCUCAUAAUCGCGACAAUCACCUCUCGACUUUAUCCUGAACGCAUUAGGCGUCAUUUAUUUAUUGUCUUCGGAUUGUGUUGUAGCCGCAGCAUUCAUUGCUUCUAAUUUUGCCGCGCGUCGACGUUUGGCGUCGUCUGCCCGCAUCUUCUCUUCCAGC